AUUCGAAAAUGGAGAAAGGUUCGAUUCCUGUUUCGAGACGUUUCCAAAGUUAUGGCCAACCCAAGCGGUAAAAUCAAUAGUUUAUCCCAAUUCAAUCUUGUUAUAUGUGAUGAACAUUUAAUGACCAUCGAUGAAGUUGCCAAUAAAUAUGAAACCGAUUUAAAAAAUGGUCUAACAAGUGAAAAAGUUCAAAUAAAUGCUCAAAAACAUGGCUUGAAUCAAUUGACACCACCGAAAAAAACUCCAGGAAUAAUUAAAUUUAUCAAAUUGUUAUUUAGUGGAUUCUCAUUGUUAUUAUGGGUUGGGGCAAUAUUAUGUAUCGUAUCAUACUUUAUCAAUAAAGAUGAACAAACACUUUAUCUCGGAUUUGCUCUGAUUUUCGUUGUUAUAAUAACUGUAGCGUUUACAUAUUAUCAAGAAUCCAAGUCAUCAGCUAUUAUGGAAUCAUUUAAAUCACUUAUUCCACAUGUAGCACAUGUAAUCCGUGAUGGUAAAUUAAUAGAAAUUGAUUCUAAAGAGAUUGUUCUUGGCGACGUUAUUGAAGUUAUCGGUGGCAAUCAAGUUGCUGCCGAUAUCAGGAUAAUCGAAGCUUAUGGUUGUAAAUUUGAUAAUUCAUCUAUAACUGGUGAAUCUGAACCACAAUACCGUACGACUGAAUUGAAACCAGAAAUUGAAAAUCCAUUAGAAGCUGAAAAUCUUGCUUUCUUUUCAUCAUACUGUACGGAAGGACGUGCUCGUGGUAUUGCUAUACGAAUAGGUGAUCAAACUGUUAUUGGAAAAAUUGCCAGUUUAACUCAACAACAAGAAAGUCAAACAUCGAUUGCAAGAGAGAUAAACAGAUUUAUUAAAAUCAUUACCAUUUUCGCAUUAUUUUUGGGAGUGACAUUUUUAUUGCUAUCACUAAUAAUGGGAUAUAGUUUUAUUAAUGCCAUCAUCUUUUUUAUCGGAAUUAUUGUCGCAAAUGUUCCCGAAGGAUUAAUAGCAACAGUCACUGUUUGUCUAACGCUUACAGCCAAAUCUCUUAGUAAAAAGAAUUGUCUGGUGAAAAAUCUUGAAGCUGUUGAAACAUUGGGCUCAACAUCGAUUAUUUGUUCGGAUAAAACGGGUACUUUGACUCAGAAUAAGAUGCAUGUUUCGCAUGUUUGGUUCAAUAAUCAAGUAAUGGAACCAUUGGUUGAAGGUAACUUGCAAAUGCUAAAACAAUCAUUAGCAGAUGAUAAACGAUUCCAAGAUUUUCUUCGAGUGACAACACUUUGCAGUAAAGCAAAUAUUGAAAUCGAUUCUAAUCAUCAAAAAAUUUUUCAUGGUGAUGCUUCCGAAGUAGCACUCUUGAAAUUUCUUAUCAAAAUAGGUGUUAAUAUUGAAAAAAUUCGUCAACGACAUCCUAUCGUUCAUGAGAUACCGUUUAAUUCUACCAAUAAAUUUCAUAUUACCGUACAUGAUAUUAGCCAAUUUGAGCCACAUGCUAAACAUAAAUAUUUGAUUUGUUUGAAAGGUGCACCGGAAAUAAUUUUAAAACUUUGCCGAUCAGUUGUAUUACAAGAGCAAUGUUUGAAAUUGAAAACAGAAACUAAACAAGAUCUUGACAGUGUUUGCUCAUUUUUUGCUUCAAUGGGUGAACGUGUAUUGGCAUUUUCCGAAUAUUACACCAAUGACUAUAAAUCUUUUUUGGAUACUAAAGAUGAUAAAAAAACAUUGGGCGAAAAAUUCUUGGACGAAAUGAAUUUUACAUUAUUAGGUGUCAUGUCAUUAAUUGAUCCACCAAGACCAGAAGUUCCGGAUGCAGUUGAAAAAUGUCGUCAGGCUGGAGUACGAGUUUUCAUGGUGACUGGUGAUCAUCCGAUCACAGCUAAAGCGAUUGCCAAACAAGUUGGAAUUCUAUCCCACGACGAUAGAAAAAUUACUAUUCUUAACGAUGAAAUAUUGCAAGAAUUUCUAGGCCAUUCAACAAACCAUUCUCUAUUAAAAGACGACCAAGAUCAAACUAUUGAAGAAUAUGAAGAAAAAUCCAUUGUAAUACCCGGUUGGAUUCUUAAUCAAUUCACUGAAGAUCAAUUGGAUCAUUUAGUAGAGAAUUAUCGAGAAAUAGUUUUCGCUCGUACCAGUCCACAGCAAAAACUUUUGAUCGUUGAUAGUUGUCAACGAUUAGGCCACAUAGUUGCCAUGACAGGUGAUGGUGUUAAUGAUUCACCUGCUUUGAAAAAAGCUAACAUUGGUAUAUCGAUGGGCAUCAAUGGAUCGGAUGUAUCCAAAGAAGCAGCUGAUAUAAUAUUGAUGGAUGAUAAUUUUGCAUCGAUUGUUGUUGGCAUUGAAGAAGGUCGAGUUAUUUUUGAUAAUCUUAAAAAAUCUAUAUCAUAUGUACUUGCUUCAAAUUUUGCCGAAAUUGUUCCAUUUAUAUUCUAUGUUAUAUUCGGAUUUCCAUUAGCACUUGGAACCAUAACGAUACUUUGUAUUGAUCUUGGUACGGACAUACUUCCAUCGAUUUCAUUGGCUUAUGAAGAAGCGGAAUCUGAUAUUAUGAAACGUAAACCACGAAAUCCAAAAGAAGAUCAUCUUGUCACAGGAAAAUUGAUUCAUCGAUCAUAUUUUCAGCUCGGCAUGAUACAAGCAGCUGCCGGAUUUUUUACCUAUUUUUGUGUUAUGGGCGAUCAUGGAUUUUAUAUCUCACAAUUGUUCCAUCUUCGCAGAUAUUGGGAUGAUAAAAAUUAUAUUAUCAUUGAUUUAAAUAACCAACCAUGGUCUUAUGAUAAAAGAAAAAUUCUCGAAUACACAUGUCAAACUUCAUAUUUUGUUUCGAUUGUUGUUUGUCAAUGGAUGGAUCUAAUUCUAUGCAAAACACGUGUCAAUUCAAUUUUUCAUCAAGGAAUGACCAAUCAUGUAUUGAAUAGUAGUUUGAUUGUCGAAACAUUCAUAGCGUUAUUUCUUGUUUAUUGUCCUGGUGUCGAAAAAGUUUUAAAACUUUAUCCACUCAAAUGGUGGUAUGGUUGGUUUACAUCCAUUCCAUUUACUAUAUAUAUGUUGAUAUAUGAUGAAACUCGACGUUGGUUUAUACGAAACAGGCCGAAGGGAUUUUUUGCUCGAGAAACUUGUCAAUGAAAUUUAUGAAUCUGAAAACACUGAAUUUGAUUCAUUUUUUAAUGCUCAAAAAGAAAA